AUGAUGUCAUUCCAUUUGGUGUACGAUGGUGAAGCACUAGUAUCGGUAGAAGUCAAAGUAGAGUUUGAUCGAGUACAACACUAUGAUAAGGAGAAUGGUGAGCGAAGACUGAUGGAGCUAGACUUGGUCGACAAAGCAUGGGAUAAGGUUGUCAUUCGCCUGAUGGCAUACCGGCAGCGGAUGAAGCAAAGCUACAACUGGAGGAUUAUCCCGCGGUCCUUUCAGGUCGACGAUCUAGUGUGGAAGAAGAUAAAGCCGGUCAGCGACGUCACUAAGCUCGAGGCGCCAUGGGGAGGACCUUACAAGGUCGCACAGAAACUACGCUCGGGGGCUUACUACUUGGAGGAUGAAGAUGAAAAGAGGCUCGAGCGAUCGUGGAGCGCGAAUCAUCUAGAACCCUAUAGGGUCGGAUGA